GUUGGUAUUUCGCUUGCCCCUGUCCGUGUCAGAUAGCGUUUGUGCGGCGUGUCGGUGUGCCUUCCAUUACCCGGUGAAUACAGUGGAACAAUGGCGGAUUGUUUGACACUCUUCACGUCCAUCGGGCUCAGUGAGCAGAAGGCGAAGGAAACGCUAAAAAAUGACGCGCUGAGUUCAGUCCUAAAGGACGCGAUCACUCAGGUCCAUCAAACCCAUGGAGCAUCAGGAGUGGACAAAUCCAUGGGUGUACUGCUUUACAACAUGGCAUCUCGCCUUAAAGACACCAAACGCGUGGCUUUUCUAGCAGACAGCAUCGCUCAGCGCAAACUCUGCACGGAGCUGCAGUUGACAGCUGCACUGGACUUUGUCAAGAGUCAUCCUCAGGACCCCAUCAACCAGAAAGCAUUUGAAGAAGCAUGUGGAGUCGGUGUGGUCAUAACACCUGAGCAGGUUGAAGAUGCAGUGGAGUCUGUGAUCAAGAAGCACAAGGAACAACUGUUAAAGGAGAGGUACCACUUCAACAUGGGAGUGCUAAUGGGAGAGGCACGCUCUGCUUUAAAGUGGGCCGAUGGAAAGGUCAUCAAAAAUGAGGUGGAUAUGCAGGUCCUGCACCUCUUAGGACCAAAGACGGAGGCAGAUCUGGAGAAGAAAUCCAAACCCCAGAAAUCCAAAGUGGCAGAGAAUGAUGUGAAGGUGAAGAGGGAGGAGGAGGUUGCAGUGAACGGGGAAGUGUCGACUGGGGAGGUGAAGUCACUAAUGGAGCAGCUCAGAGGAGAAGCACUGAAAUUCCACAAAGCAGGAGAGAACUUUAAAACUGAGGGUUACGUGGUCACACCGAACACAAUGGCUUUGCUUAAAAAGCACCUUGAGAUCACUGGUGGACAGAUUCGCACCCGUUUUCCCCCUGAGCCCAACGGCAUCCUUCACAUCGGCCACGCCAAAGCUAUCAAUUUCAAUUUCGGUUAUGCAAAGGCGAACAGUGGAAUUUGCUUCUUGAGGUAUGACGACACGAAUCCCGAGAAGGAGGAGGAAAAGUACUUCACUGCCAUCAAAGACAUGGUGGAGUGGCUUGGCUACACACCCUAUGCUGUCACGCACGCAUCAGACAACUUCCAGCAACUCUACAAUCUCGCUGUGGAUCUCAUUCGCAGGGGUCACGCGUACGUGUGCCACCAGAAAGGGGAGGAACUGAAGGGCCAUAAUGCUCCUCCCUCACCGUGGAGAGACCGACCCAUUGAGGAGUCACUGGUGCUGUUUGAAAGGAUGAGGAAGGGCCUGUUUGCUGAGGGAGAGGCAACGCUCAGGAUGAAGAUGGUCAUGGAGGACGGAAAGAUGGAUCCAGUAGCAUACAGAAUCAAAUACACAGCUCAUCAUCGAACAGGAGACGAGUGGUGCAUCUACCCCACCUACGAUUACACUCACUGUCUGUGUGACUCUAUUGAAAAUAUCACACACUCCCUGUGCACCAAAGAGUUUCAGGCCAGGCGUUCGUCCUAUUACUGGCUGUGCAAUGCUCUGGACGUAUACUGCCCCGUUCAGUGGGAAUAUGGGCGCCUAAACCUCACCUACACUGUUGUGUCCAAGAGGAAAAUCAUCAAACUGGUGGAGACUGGUGUGGUCAGAGACUGGGAUGAUCCGCGUCUCUUCACUCUGACUGCUCUCAGAAGGAGAGGUUUUCCACCAGAGGCCAUUAACAACUUCUGUGCACGGGUUGGAGUGACAGUUUCUCAGACAACGACAGAGCCCCAUCUACUGGAGUCCUGUGUGAGAGAUGUGCUUAAUGACACAGCACCUCGAGUCAUGGCUGUGCUGGAACCCCUCAAAGUCACCAUAACUAACCUCCCCGAGAGCAGCCAGUCUGACGUACGAGUACCAGACUUUCCUGCCAAUGAGGCGAAGGGCAGCCACACAGUUCCAUUCACACGCACCAUCUUCAUUGAACAGAGUGACUUUAGAGAGGUGCUGGAGAAGGGCUACAAACGCCUGACACCAGAGCAGCCCGUUGGCCUGAGGCAUGCUGGGUUUGUCAUCUCUGUCCAGAAGGUCCUCAAGGACGCUCAGGGUAAAGUGCUGGAACUGGAGGUGAGCUGUUGCAGCUCUGACGCUGCAGAGAAACCAAAGGCGUUCAUCCACUGGGUCAGUCGGCCGCUGGUGUGUGAAGUGCGUCUCUAUGAACGACUGUUCCAGCACAAACAUCCAGAGGAUCCGUCUGAAGUGCCCAAUGGUUUCCUGAGUGACAUCAACCCUAAUUCCCUGCACGUGAUCAGCAGUGCCUUAGUGGACACCUCAGUCAAGGGAGCAAAGGUCUUUGACAAAUUCCAGUUUGAGAGAGUUGGUUAUUUCUCCCUGGACCCCGACAGCACCGCAGACAAGCUCGUCUUUAACAGAACAGUCACACUUAAAGAAGACCCAGGGAAGAUCUGAUGGCAUGAGAUUAAGACCCCCUUUCUGCUUCCUUUGAGUCCACACACCUAAAUUGUUUGCAUCACCUAAUGUGUAAUAUUGGCUUAGACCAGCUGCUGAAAUGUCUCACUAGAUUUUAAAACUGAAUUGAAUAUCAUCAGUUUUUUUAUAACUGUGUCCAAACAUUCACCCAGACGUCUGUUUGUUGAAUGUAUGCAACUUUUUUAUUAUUCAACAAGGAUAUUAGGAAAGUACUUCUCAUACUGGCUUUAUGCUAAUAUUACACAUAAGAGACGCUCACAAAUGCCAUGAUGACUUUCUUACGAAGGUGGUGAGUCACUGCCAAAAUCUGUGCAGAAAAUAAAAUAAUAAAUAAUGUUUAGAAAAAAUAA